GACGGUCUUAUAUACUGGGUGGAAUGGAGCCCAGCAAUCCUCACUUCACUUCUGAGAAAGCCAAGAGAAGACGCAGCAAACAGGUUGGACAAAAACCAAGAGGAUAUCAUUCUGACUUCAUCGGGAAGUGUUCAUCUGUGCCUCUCUGUUACAACUUCUCACAGCUUUGCCAUCGGUUUUACACUCUUUUCUGACCUCUAACCCUAUGGACUUGGGCCUGUCUUAAAUGAGCAACGAUCGUGGGACUACCAAAAAAAUGCAGACACAGCUGACCUUCAUUAUGCUGCUGUUUUUAUUGUGUGAUGGACUGUGCUCAGACAUAGACCAGGGGAAAAGGGCAAUUGAGGAAGAGGUACUGAGAAGUCUCAUCACUUCAAAGGUAAAGCAGAGCAAGCACAUCGCCCCCUUGUGGCAGCUGCCUCUCCAGGAUGUGUGCAGGAUGGUGAGCAAUCUUGGGGAAACAUGGCGUGAGGCCUGGGGCAUGGGGGAAGAGGAGGAAACAGGGGACCAGGAUGACUAUGAUCGGGGUGUCUCUGGUUCCUUCGCCCAAAUGCUUGAGGAACUGCAUGACCUUCAGAACCUCUGCAGGAUACUGCAGCCCAGACAGCUUGAAGACGGUCAAGAAUAUCAGGAUCAAAACGGUGACACCCCACUGAAGAGGAAAUCUCCAUAUAUACUAAAAAGGCAACUGCGCACCAAUAAAUCAAGAAGACCAUACAUUCUGAAGCGAAGUGUAUAUUACUAAUUCUCAAGACCUCAAGACAUUUAUACAUUUUUGUGAAUAUGUGUCUGUAAUACUGUAGUUGCAACAGCAGUGUGUUUGGUUUUAGCUACGCUUGUUUAGGUCAAAUUUUAUUUGACCUAAACUAAAGUUUGUCCCUCCUUCAUUAUGGGAUAAAGAAUGUAAAUAAAGCAUCCAAUUAAAGAGUUUAUUAUAUUUAUUUAAUGUAUAUUUAUUUUUCUUCCAAUGU